CCAACCCAGGACCCUCACCCAGGACCCAGGCCCCCCAUCGCCAGCAGCAUGAACUCGACGCUGGAGGCGCAGCCGGGCGAGGAGCCCGAGGAGCUGCCGGCCACCGAGAAGGACCUGGCGGAGGACGCGCCGUGGAAGAAGAUCCAGCAGAACACGUUCACGCGCUGGUGCAACGAGCACCUCAAGUGCGUGCACAAGCGCAUCGGGGACCUGCAGCGGGACCUGAGCGACGGGCUGCGGCUCAUCGCGCUGCUCGAGGUGCUCAGCCAGAAGAAGAUGGGCCGCAAGUACCACCCGCGCCCCAACUUCCGACAGAUGAAGCUGGAGAACGUCUCGGUGGCCCUCGAGUUCCUGGAGCGGGAGCACAUCAAGCUGGUGUCCAUCGACAGCAAAGCGAUCGUGGACGGGAACCUGAAGCUGAUCCUGGGGCUGAUCUGGACGCUGAUCCUGCACUACUCCAUCUCCAUGCCCAUGUGGGAGGACGAGGAGGAGGAGGAGGCGCGGCGGCAGACGCCGAAGCAGCGGCUGCUGGGCUGGAUCCAGCACAAGGUCCCGCAGUUGCCCAUCACCAACUUCCACCGCGACUGGCAGGACGGGAAGGCGCUGGGGGCGCUGGUGGACAACUGCGCGCCCGGCCUGUGCCCGGACUGGGAGAGCUGGGACCCGAACCAGCCGGUGCAGAACGCGCGCGAGGCCAUGCAGCAGGCGGACGACUGGCUGGGGGUGCCCCAGGUGAUCGCCCCCGAGGAGAUCGUGGACCCCAACGUGGACGAGCACUCGGUCAUGACCUACCUGUCCCAGUUCCCCAAGGCCAAGCUCAAGCCGGGGGCGCCCCUGAGGCCGCGGCAGCCCCAGCCCGCGCGCGCCCGCGCCUACGGGCCCGGCAUCGAGCCGCAGGGGAACGUGGUGCUGCAGCCGGCGCGGUUCACGGUGGAGACCCUGGACGCCGGCGUGGGAGAGGUCCUGGUCUAUGUGGAGGACCCCGAAGGCCACACCGAGGAGGCUAAGGUGGUGCCCAACAAUGACAAGAAGAGGACGUACAGCGUCACCUACGUGCCCAAGGUGGCCGGGCUGCACAAGGUGACGGUGCUGUUCGCGGGGCAGAACAUCGACAGGAGCCCCUUCGGGGUGGGGGUGGCCAUGGCGCUGGGCGACGCGGGCAAGGUGACGGCGCGCGGGCCCGGCCUGGAGCCCACCGGCAACGUGGCCAACAAGCCGACAUACUUCGACAUCUACACCGCAGGUGGGUGCCGGCGGCGCCGAGCCCCUGGCCUCGUGGUGCCACGGCCAUGGCAUGGUCUGCUGGCUCUGGGACCAUGA